CCUAGCUAGAAGAACCGAGCGAGCACUCAUCAAUGGCCGCUUUCUGCAACUGAAGAAUCGGAAGCUAAACAAAUCUCAGCACAACAACUUAGAGUGGGAAGUAAAGAAGGAUGUUAACGGCUGAUUCGGAUUCUGUUUUAAGGUUGGUAGAGAUAAAAGGGAGAGGAAGGGCUCUCGUUGCAUCGCAACCUUUGAAGGCGGGGCAAAUCGUUCUCCGGGAUUCUCCUAUCGUCGUUUAUUCCGCAUUUCCGUUGGUUAAAUCUCAAUCAUCAGCCUCUUAUUGUGACAAUUGCUUUAGGACACUCUCCUCGUCGUCGUCGAAUGUAGUGCCAUGUCCAUCGUGUUCUCAUCAUCAUCUCUUUUGCAGUCCGAAUUGCCUAACUGCGGCAACGGCCUCCACUCAUUCGCCUUGGGUUUGCCAGGCUCUUAGUCGUCUUCAGGACUGCUCUUCUCUUGUUUCUCAACCUCUCGAACGGCAAGUACAAGCUCGGUUUCUUAUAGCUGCGUAUAACGUAGCCCUCGUUUCCCCGUCGGAUGUGAUUGAUGUUCAAUCAUGGAUGUCAACUGAUGUGAUGAAAAUUUUGAACUUAUUCAAUCGUGGAUGUCAUUGAUGUGAUGAUUGACUG